AUGGGAAAGGUGUCCGGACUGUGCUUGUUCCUAGCGGCGUCGGCUGUGCUGCCGACCUCGGGCUUCGUGGCACCGCUGCCGAUCAGGACACAAGCAGCGAGGGCCCAGCAACGGUGGGCCGACGGGGCUCGAUCAACGACCGAAUGCCGAGGACGGUCAUCGUGCUCGGCUCUGAGCAUGACUGCCGGUGCCAUGGGGGGCGAUGCGACGGUGCCGGACUUGGAAGAGGGGACUGACUUUUUCGCUGCUCUCCGACCCUUGACUGAGGGACCGAUUUUCAAUGGCCUCCAGGCAGUGUUCGUGGUCGCGCUGGCGGGGCUCGUGGACGCGGGGUUCUCCGGAGACUGGCAGGCGAGGGGCUACCUCAGCGACGCGGCGGCAGACACGGCGCGAACGGCGUGCUUGACCGCGGCGGCGGCGCAUGUGGUCUUGACGGGCGCGGCGGGAUUCAUCGCCAAGGCGAAGGGGGAGGGUAUUGGUGCGGCGAUGAUCACCUUGGCGACUGGUCCGCUAGGGUUCCUGAAGGUGGCGGCUAUGCCUGACCAAGAGGAGCUUGAGGCGAUCGCUGCGAGCAAGGCCCCGCCGCUGUCCAUGGUGAUCAACACGCUGGAGCUGUCCGGCCGCCAGACUCCGGGUGCCGUCGUGCUGAGCACUUCGAUCAAGGCCAAGAAGGGCCGCGAGGGCACCCUGCGCAACCUGCUGGAGAGCCUCGUGGAAGAAACUGUGGACAACCAAAAGGACCUCGUGUUCACUUGCACUGUCAACCAGGACCCCGAGGACCGCACGGCGUUCUUCAUGCUGCAGCGCUUCCCCAGCCCCGAGGCCAUGUCUAGCUACCAGAAUACCGACACCUUCCAGUCCUUCACGGAUGGUGCGGAGGAAUGCAUCGCGGAGCCGAUGGGGCUGUACAUGGUGAACGAGCGAUCGGGCAAGCUGGGCGAGCCCGUGCACCCGUUCGGUCCCGGAGGGGAGGGCGGUCGCGACGACGCCAUCUACUCGUCUCCGGCGAACCUGCAGGGAUCGCUCGUGCCUGGCGCUGUUCGGUGAGCUACGCACGCGGAAUGGAAGCUGUGGUGGCGAAGCGUCGACUUGUCGUUGUGCGAUCGUUCUGCGGACCCCUUCUUUCUUCCUUUGUUCCAUCUGCCCUUCUACUUCAGUAGUUUUUGUUCUUGGGGGGUUGGUUGGCAAUCUAUCUCUUUUGUUACCGCAGGUUGCAGGUUGCAAAGUAUGUCACACCCCCUGGAUCGAUUUUGAAAGCUCGAUUACUCGGCAGAAAAACAGCUUUCCUAAAAGGUAUCUCUUUAUUUCGGCAUCCUCUUCGUUGUGGAUGAAGAGAAGUUUGAAAUUCGGUCCAAGAGGUGCGGUAGUAACGAAUGCAACCUACGGCAUGUCCUAAGGUAGGAUAGACAUGCACCGAUGGAAGGCGUUUCGGUGUGCGUACGACAUUUACAUGUUUUGUGAAUGUAUUUCGCAGCCAGCCACGGGUGCGGCCAGGGCGAGUCCGACUUGCCCUUGGUGUCUGUCGGGUGUACCGGGCGGUGCGCGCGACUGUGUGUGCUUGCCGCGCGGUAAAGUGUAGGGUAGUCGGCUAGAGUUUCGAUGGAAUAAUGAUAUGAUUUCGACUUGGUAUUUGUAGAGAGAGAUUGAGGGUGUUAGUUUUCAUUUUUCCUGUGUUGCUUAUGUCAUUCUGAUGGGGGUUCCGCAGGGCUUGAGGAGGGGGGGGGGAUCCUGUUUUAGGUGCACUUGUAGUAGUGCUAACUGGCUGUGGACUUGCUACUGGGACGUAGCAUACGGACGGCGUUGUGUAUGAUACGGAGAGCGGAGGAUUCGCCCAAGGGUUGCUAGGAAUCAUCGCCCAAACCGGUUUUGUGUGACGAUGCGGUUUCCUUGCUGACAUAGAAAGACGCACAAACAUAUUAUUUUCUAAUGAAUCCAAGACACAAGAACUCAAAAGGUGGGAUAUUGCUCCCGGAUUGCUCUCUCUCUUGUGUAGGUCCCUCUCCUUUGCCGCCGCCCGCCGUUCUCCUUGGGCAAGGGAUGAAGAUGACGAGUAUUCAUCGGUAAAUAUGCGGCACGUACGUAGUAUGCAACAUGAUGCGUGUACAAAUUUCAGAUGUUUUGCGCACUGUUUGUUGCUUUGCUUCUUUUCUCGGCGAUAUCUGCGUACGAUAUAACUGAUUUAUGUGUAUUUUGCUAGUAGUGACUGGGAGGUACCAGAGGUGAAUUUGAUCAAUAAGACAAACAAACGUCAAGGAAGGAAGAGUUCGUGCACAGACAGACACCUGCGCUGCCAAAAAAAGAAAACGUCAGGGGGUAUAAGAACCAAAGACAGACGCAUGGAGCACAGACAGACACCUGCGCUGCAGAAAGAAGAAAACGUCAGGGAGUAUAAGAACCAAAGACAGACGCAUGGAGGGAAUGAGCUGAAUAACAUGCGGCCCUUCGAUGCACGCGCCUGCCUCUGAAAUAAAGGUGCUCGAUCGCGGAAUGCUUACCAAACCUCCUGUCACAGCAUC